CUGGAUGGUGCCAUGGCCGAUGAAUUCCUUCAGGUCUACAAGGGAAUUGUUACGGACUAUAAGGGAAUGGUCCACCAGAUGUCGAGCGGUCCCUGCCUCGUGCUGGAAGUCAGGGGCUGCUGCGGCCCAGAGACCCCGAGGCAGUUCAAGGAACUCGCCGGACCCUCGGACCCGUUUCACGCGAGCAAGCUAUAUCCAGGAUCCCUCAGGGCUGAGUUUGGAAAAGACAUUCGCCGAAACGUGGUGCAUUGCACGGACGUUCCCGAAGAUGCGCGCCUGGAGGUGGAGUUCUUCUUCAAAGAAACCGAAGAGUAGAACAUCUAUUCCUCAAAACGACACUGAGUUCAGAGCAACAGUUUGGC